CACACACACGCAGCCUCACAGGAUGGACGCCGUCUCGCCUCGCUGCCGUCCAACGCCUCAGAUCUUCAUCGUCGUCCUCUUCAUUCUGUCAGGUGGACACUUCUCGUCUGUCUCCUCCUUUAAAGUGCCGGAGGGGGGCGUGGCCUCUCUGUCCUGUCACUACUCUGUGAAGCGGUUCGGUCUGAGUCGGGUCUGCUGGGGCCGCGGCUGCGGGACCUUCUGGUGCAACAACGUCCUGGUGCAGACGGACGAGAACGGCGUCGUCUCCAAGGUGUCGGACCGGUACCGGCUGACGGGGGACAUCCUGGACGGUCAGAUGGACCUGGACAUCCUGAACGUGAGGCGGACAGACAGCGGGCCGUACUGCUGCAGGGUGGACAUCGACGGGAUCUUCAACGACAAGAAGGUGAUCAUGAACCUGAGAGUGGUCAAAGGUCUGGUCACCAGUUCCCCUCCGCCCACGACAACCCCGACUGCAACGACCAGUCGAGUCACAGAGCCGCCGACCGCCACAGUAAACUGGAAAAGCCUGCUGUCGUCUCAGCUGGAGCUUCUGAGGAGGAACUCCACCCUGCUGCGCUCCGACCCCGUCAUUGUGGAGGACUCUCUCCCCUCGCUCUCCCUUCAGAUCAACGUUCCCGUCCUCUCUCUCUCCCUCAGUGUGUUGCUGAUUUUGGCGGCGGUUUUUCUCUUCCUGGCCUUCAAACGUGGAAUACACAGAAGAGCCUUAAAGGCCGGCUGCUUCUCCUCUGAAGAACCUCCUCACAUCAUCUACGAGAUCCGGAUGAGAAGACCAGUCGAGGAGAACAUCUACACUCUGGACUAGAUCCUCGUUCACACCGGGACCACAAAGAACUGGUUCUUCUAUAAAACACAGAAAGUUUGAUUCAGUGUGCAGAAUACUCCCAGACAACUGAGCAAAAAACAGAAAAGCUAGUAAAAACAUCUGGAGUCCUGCAAGCUGCAAAGCUCAGCAUCAGGACCGACCCGAUACCUGCAGUCAUCUCUAAAUCCGUUCUGGACCCAACCCGGUUUGACACUGUACAGAAGCACAACUAAAAAAUGUUAGAAAAUAAAUACACUGAACAAAAUUAUAAAUGCAACACUAUUCAGUGAAACUGCACAUUUUGGAGUGGCCUUUUAUUGUGGCCAGCCAAA